AUGCCUCUGACCUCUCAGCAGGCCGUUCCGGUUCGACUUUGGCCCUCCGAACACUCAGCCAAUAGCUGGAAACUUGACGCGAUCGCAAGAGGCCCCUGUCAAUUUGCUCAAGCGGGAACUUCAGGUGCUGCUGAACAAAUGGACAUACUCGAACUUCGAUUCAAUCUGUGGAUAUUUCGUGGCCAGAUGUGUGCCAAGCUAUGCCAGAAUUUGUCGCUUAAAGUCUCAAAUAAUACGAUAGGCGGUAAAACCGCCAAAAGAUUUUUUACGGCAUUAUCCGUACAUGGCAUCAGCGAUUCGAAUGGUAGGCCCAUCACUCGUCUCCCGCAACGGGUGCCACCAAGAAGGCCGUACCCAACAGAAGAGACGGAGAACUAUCAGCUGACUAUCACGCUGCGCUGA